UCUUACUCCCGUGCCCUCCUAUCUCGUGUGCUGUUCUCCUCUCCAUGCCAAGAAUCUCACUACCUCUUCCCUCCCGUAUGCUCCGCUCCCCUGUGCCUUCCGUGUCCCUCCCUCUCGUACACUCCACCCUCCCUCUCCCCCUCACUCCCUGGCUCCUAUUCAUAUUGCAGGUCAGGGGUGAGUCCCCCACGUCACGCUGGAAGAUGGCGGCCGGGCGGUUGUGAGAUGAGGAGCUCCGGUAGCGCUGACAGAGCCCCUCACAUGCAGUAAGAAGAAUAUUUCUGGAUGCCCUUUGGUGUGGGCAACAAAGCGUGGCUAAGAAACGUGGGGUACAUCAAAGAAACCGGUGGAAAUGGAUCUGCCAAACCAUGCCAAACAAUUGCUGCUUCAGCUGAACCAGCAACGAGCCAAAGGUUUUCUCUGUGACGUCAUCAUCGUAGUGGAAAAUGCCCUGUUCCGAGCCCAUAAGAAUAUACUGGCUGCCAGCAGCAUGUAUUUUAAAUCCCUUGUUCUGCAUGAUAACCUGAUUAACCUGGAUACAGAUAUGGUUAAUCCAGCAGUCUUCAGGCAGAUCUUGGACUUUAUUUACACCGGUAAACUCUUAACGUCCGACCAGCCCGGAGAGCAGAACUUUAGUGCUCUUCUUACUGCAGCAAGCUACCUCCAAUUGCAUGACUUGGCGGCUCUUUGCCGAAAGAAACUGAAACGCACUGGGAAGCCAUUUAUUGGAAAACUUGGUGUUCCUAGUAUAGGUCGGGUUGGGAGAAGUCAUAGACUCUCUGCCCCUUUUGGCCACAUGCGCUUUUCAGGAUCUCCAGAUGGCACCAAACUCUCCAAUUCAAAGGAUCUUUCCAAAGUCACAGGACCAGAAGAUGAAGUCUUUGCUGCCUCCAAACAGGAAAACUGCCAUACGUUAAAUCGAGGAACAAGUAGCAACAGCAGCCUCAAUAAUAGCACCAAUGGUAGUGACCAGGAACUUGGCCUUGAUCUUUCUAAAAAAAGCCCAUCCCAUUCUGUGCAAGAUGACGCUUUGCAAGCAGACAGCCGUGCAGGUUCUCCUCAGUCUGUCUCAGCAUCUGUAGCCAACAGUGCCUCUUAUGAUGAUUUGGAUCUCAAAAAAAAUAACUGUGAACCAAUGGAGUUGGAGGCAGUGGAGGAGAACAACUCUGACAUAGGGCCAAAGAAACUCCACCGCCAUGCUUCACGUAAAAAAGAAUGGACGAGGAUCGAAGGGGACAAGUCAGCAGAAGAUGGGGCAGAGACAAUGACAAAUGGUGUUAUUGUCGGGCCAUUGUCAAAAGAAGGGAAACUGGGUAAAAUUUAUGGUUCAGAGCAGAAUUUCCAGUGCAAAGAUGACAUAGAAAAUGGCAAGGACAACAGUGAAGAGAGUGGCCACAGUGAGAGUGAGUGCAGUGGACAUCAGAAUGCCAACUAUGUUUAUCGGCAGGAAGGCUUUGAGACUGUGCCAUUUGGAGACAACCUAUAUGUAUGCAUCCCUUGUGGUAAAGGUUUUCCUAACUCAGAGCAGCUAAAUGCACAUGUUGAAACACACACCGAAGAGGAGCUGUAUAUCAAAGAGGAGAAUUCCUAUAGUAAAGAGGAAGCAGAAGACCUGUCUACUCCCAAUGCCACUUUCUCUGAGCCACGCCCCUUUAAGUGCUCAGUAUGUGAGAAAAGCUAUAAGGAUCCAGCGACUUUGCGACAGCAUGAAAAAACUCAUUGGCUGACCCGUCCCUUUCCCUGUAACAUAUGUGGCAAGAUGUUCACACAGAGGGGUACUAUGACCCGCCACAUGAGGAGCCACCUUGGCCUAAAGCCCUUUGCUUGUGAAGAGUGCGGAAUGCGCUUUACCAGGCAGUAUCGAUUGACCGAGCACAUGCGUGUCCACUCAGGGGAAAAGCCCUAUGAAUGUCAGCUCUGCGGGGGGAAAUUCACCCAGCAGCGCAAUCUGAUCAGUCAUCUGCGUAUGCACACUUCCCCAACAUAAACCAAAGACUCCUGUGACAUCCUAAGAAUGUGCUUCUCUCAUGCGUGCACACACAAACCAAUUUACCUUCCUUAUGACUUGCUGCUUUAAGGGUACUCUGUUUUCCAGUUUGGUCGUAUGAAAGGUGGAGUGGUUUCACAUCUCCCCAAAGCUUUAACUUUUAACAAACGACCAUGGCAUUUCAUCUUAUGGUACAGAAGAAGCCAAUGAUAUGUGCUGCACCUUGGCUUCCAUCCAUGAAGCGCAAAUGAUUUUUGGCACGAAAUCUUAAUUACCCUCCAGUUUAGCCAAUUAAUUCGCUUGGCACCUACACAUAACCUAAAAAAAUCAUCUACCUAAGAAAUGCCUACACCAUGCCAGAAUGAGGCAUGAAGAAUUACUGUUAGCUCUUAUUUGAAACUGGGAGCGCUCAUACAGUACAUUUUGUAGUUAGGCUUUUAUUGGAGAUUGGAGGGAUGAUUGGGCAGGCUGAAUGCAUUAGGCCUGUUGCAUGUAUAACGGUAAACUGCAUUUUAUCUCUUCCUUGCCCUGGCGUUUCCUACGUUAGUCCGGCCUUAAGAGGUGCUGGCCUCCUACUUUAAUCCGUGAAUGAAAACCAAUAAACCUCACAAAAUCCUUUUCCUGGUUACCACAGAGAGAAUCUGGAUUGGUGCAUGCCAGUUUUUGUCUGAUAAGGAAAAGACAAGUGCCUGGCGGGCAUUUUCACUGGGGCUCUCUUGGUAUCUAAUGGCUGUGAAUCUUUUGCAUGCUCUUUUUGGUACGCCUCCUUAUAACAACUGUUCACAAUGUUAGCUAAAAAUUUUCAGCCACAGUUGUACAAAACUGGUUGGCAGGGAGUUUGGUUUACCCCUCCCUUGUGUUUUACUUUCCACUCUCUAAUCGGUACUUAUUUCUGUGUGUUCUGAGUUAGAGGAGGUAAAUAUUAUUGAAUCUGUGAAUUUUUCAACUGGAAGAUUUCCCCCCCCCCCCCCCCCAUUUUGAUCUGGGUCCAGUUUCUUGUUUUUUUUUUUGUUUGUUUUUCCAUUUUUCAUUUCUCUCCAGGCUUUUCAAAAGCAGUGGUGCUUAGGAAUCUCAACAAAUGAUCACUCUCUCUUUUAGAGGCUACUAAUAUAUAUAUGUUCCCUUUUGAAGUCUUUCGUUUUGGGGUGUAACGGCAUUAGAGCAGGUAUAUAAUUACUACUCUUUUUGAAGAAAAAUUGAAAUCCAUUUUUUUGCUGGCACCCAAAAUCUAAGUGCUUAAUUACUUCCCCCUAGAAGGUACUCUAGGGGGUGUGUGCACUUGUCAGCCUGGCUCAGAGAGAACUGUACAGUAGACUGGUGAUUUUUGCUACCUCUUGAAUUCUUGGUAAAUGUAACUUUUUCAAGACUCUUUCAAAUAGAUCUUUUUUUAAUCUUUUUUUUGUGUAAGUACUUGUAUAAAUCUUAAAUUAAAUUUCAAAGAUAAAAAACAAGAAGUUGCUCUCUCCAUCUCCAAACAUUUGGCCAUCACAGGUCCUUUUGCCCCUUUAAACUGCUGCACGCUGUAUGUUUCUAAAUGAGUAGAUUUUACCAAAUGUUUUACGACAUGACAAUGGAGUUGUGAGGAGAAGUAAGAUAGCCCAAAGAGAAUAUGGUAGAACUUGUAUUUAACCUGUCACCUGAAGCUGGAUCCUAGGUUUUCUCUAAUUAGAUUUAUUGGAUAAUUUAGAGAAGUAGCAGAUCCACCCAAUUUGUACUGUAUGCCAGGUUAAAUGUAUAUGCUAUAGGCUCAUGGCACAUACCACAAUCAUAGCUACCACGUGCAAUAACAUUUUGUUGAGUCAAAGCAUUGAGAGCUUAAGUGACAAGCAGGUUGGAGGGAAUAAAACGAGUCAGAAUUAUGCUAUAAAAAUAUAAAGUAAAAAUGUGUUGCAACAAUUAAGUAGCUUGUAUGUAGUUUAAUAUUUUGCUUUACUGCUAACAGGGAAUAUGUUUACAUUUAAGGGGGGAUGGGCUGUUCCAAAAGCAAUGGCAUGUUUAGGUAAUUUGAUCACCUUUAGAGAUGGGUCAUUUCCUAUUGGAGGUACUAACUAGGAAGUACCAAGAGCAGCUAUGGAUGCUUAUAAGUUGAAAAUGCAUUUCUACCUCUUGGGGCAAUAAUUGCAGCACUUUCCAUUGCCAUAAACCUAAUUUGGAUUGCAGUGGUUUGCUAUGAUUUGUGUGCCAUAGCCUUUAAACCCACUUAGUACUAAAUCUCAAUUGGGAUCAACUCUUACCUAUACCAGAGAGGAAGUGAAUUAGUUAAGGGUAUAGAAGAAGUUGGAUUUGUUUACCGCAAAAGAGUAGGAAAUGUUGGGUCUAGUGAUUGUAUUUUUAUUUUUUAAAUCCGAAUUUAACCAAAGUACCCCAAAACCUAUCUAUAGGCAACAAAAUCAAACAGGCAUUCAUAUCAUCCCAACCCAUGCCUGUCGUGUAUCUCACACCUCAUUCUCCCUGCUCCCUUUAUCCUGCUGGCAUCAUCUGUGCAGGACACAUGUGGGUCAUAGAGUAGAAAAACAAAAGUUUACAUUUCAUUUUAUAUACAUAGAUUUUUUAUUUUUUUUUCUUGACCAAAAGUUAAAUAUCAAAGGAAUAAAUAGGUUGAUUUUAUUAGGUUUUUUUUUUUUUUUUUGCUGCCACGUCUGAUAUUAAAAAGGCAAAUCCCACAUAAGGGUUGAUUAUUCUUAAACAUGUUCCAAAUCUUGUAACCUGCAGUACAUUACAUGGCAAACCAUGUCCACGAUUUAUAUUUUCAGCACUUUAAAUUCCUGCAGGAGAUUUCUGUACUUUAAAUACUAAUCAGGGGCUGGAAAAUGCUGUAAUAGUAUUAGAUCUAAAAAUCUGGUUAAAUGCAAUUCCUUAAAAUACAUUUAUAGUGUGGUGUUUUUUUUUUUUUUUAAAUCUCAGCCCACCCUUAUUUAUCCACACUCUUCUGUCACCAGAUAAGGAACUGAGCAUGCUUAAUGCGUUAUAAUUUGAAAACUGGAUCUGCAGAUUCUCACUGCCUGAUUUGCAUCUUUAACUGUUUAGCCCCCAAAAGCUUUGCCAUCAGACUUUGCUAAAUCCAUAAUUUUUAAGGAUAGUAUGUUUCUAUUCUAAGCUCAGAACAGAAAGUAUAAACAUAUUUGUCACAUCUGGCCAGUGUUUUGUGUAUUGGGUCUGCUUGCAGAGUCCAUAAUAUUACAUGCUUUUUUUUUUUUUUUAUACUGGUUAUAAUCAAGGCCACGAGACUGGCCAUUGAAAAAGUUUAUGGGAAUUUUUAUGGUUAUUAACGUAGCUGUAAGAUCAUUGGUUAUUCCAUUGUUUUCAGAUUUUUUUUUUUUUUUUGUCAAAAUGUAGCCUGGCCGUCUUUCUCAGGAAACUUUUUAAUCUUGUUUAACUUGAAACCUUUGCAGAUGACAUAUUAGAUUUUCUUUGGGGAGCAACACUGAUUCAGUAUAAGCCAGGAUUUUCUUUUCCAUAGUACUUCCCAAAUAAACCAAAAAGUAAUUUUAUGAUUUGCAUGCAGUGAGCUUGGGUUACCUUACAGCAGCAGCAUAGCCAAUUGCACCCUUUUAACAAAGGAGAACUGCACAUUUGCCUGUAUACAUUAAAACAUGACCCCUCCUGUAUACUAUGCCUGUAUACAACUUUUUUUUUUAUAUAUAUUUUUUUUUCUCGGCACUUAAUAUCGACACAAAGUCUGUGUAUAGUUGAGUAUUGUACAAUUUUUUUUUUUUUUUUUAAUAUAAAUCUCGCUGUAUAGGAUUGUGUUCUAUAGAGUGUUUAUAAAGGAAAAUACAUUUCCAAACUGUGACAACAUGAAUAAUAUUUCUCAAACUUCAGGGACUGGCUACCUCUGGGCACCAAACCUUCAGCCAGAUUUCUAUGACCAUAGUAUUGUAUCAAACAUUUUUUUUCUGUAUUUUAUGAGAAAAACAAAACACUAGUUUCAUAAUAAAAACUAAAAAAAAAAAGUCUUGGGACCUGGGUGUAGGGUUCAAGGAAUGUAGGAUGGUAUUCUGUAGACGUGGAUCCUGCUGUAAAAGGAGAAACGAACCAAUUUCUAAGUGUAAAAGGACAGGCAGUAAGCCGCUUGUUCCUGAAUUUUUGUUUUCGGAAUAACAGGAAAAAAAUAAACCUUUUUUUAAGAAAUGUAAAAACUAUGUAUUAUAAACCAGAAGAAGGAAAAAGAAAAGAAAAAAAAAAAAAAGAAGCUUAUACCCAAAUCCAUAAACUAUUUUUUAAACCAAAGCACAUUUUGAAGAAACCAAGUGGGCUCAGAAAAUAACUAAUGGACUAUUUAUAUUUAUCACAUUGUUUACAUAAAUCUUUGCAGUUUCAGACCUCAGCAUCAGACCAGUCAAAAUCAAUGUGCCAUUUUCCAGGGUCUCAAAUGAUAUUCUACUUCAUUCUUGUGUUUAUGGUUACCCUUUAUUUUUUCAUGGCUUGGAUCAGUGAGUGAUGGGUAAAUGACAUUACCAGAAAGUGGAAUAUUUUUGUCCAGGGCACUGAAAACUUGUAUUUUUUGGGGGGGGGGGGGGGGGGGGUUGUGGGUGGAUUUUUUUUUUUUUUUUUAAUUCAGUGCUUUGGCUUUAGUUAGAAUUGGGGAAAAUGUGAUACCCCAGCUAUUUGCAGUUCAUUAAAAGGCGUUACCAAAGCAAUUUUGUAGUAAAUGUGUAAGCAAAGUUGUGUGAAUAAUCAUGGCAUGGCUGCGCGAACGGCAAACGACAUUCUGUCCAAACAUUAUAGAUGUAACUUCUUGUGUGUUGUCUGUCUGCAUUUUUCCUUGUCUUAGUAAGUAAAGGCUUUCACUUUUCAGUCAGCAGCGAUGUUCUAUUGAAGAUGCAGUUUUGCCAGCAAAGGGGGUUAAGAAAGGAUCCUGUAACAUUAAUCAUGAGGGGAGUUGGCUAUAAAACCUGGCCUAGAGGGUUGGCUGGUACUCGUGGAUCCUUAAGGCUUGCACACACCUGUUUUCCAAGUGAUAUUUUACUCAGAAACUGGCUGGACCCUUUGACUUCCAUUGAAGUCAGAGAAUAUAUUUGUGAGCAUUUCUGCAUGCAAUCUCAAAAUAUGCUGCCACAUUGGCACCACUGUGCUAGUAAACACUCAUGCACUAAGCUCCGAUAAACUUGUGUUGAAACAGUUGUGUGUGAGGCAUAAAAAAAAUUGGGCCUGAUUUACUAACAUAGGUAAUAAAAUGCUAUAGUCACCCGCAGCCCCCAAUGAGCUUCCUCGUGAGGCAACUUUGGGCGAUUAGCUCAGGCGUUUUUUUCAUUUUAGCUGGCGCAGAGCGAGGGAAGGUGUAUGGGGAAAUUGGUCGCUGCAAAGACGAGGCGAUUAGUCAUCAGGCGACCAAAUCUCCCCAAAACGCCCAGUGCGGCCUUACCCUAAACGUGCCUCUAUCAUUAAAAAACAUGCAUUGUAACACUUUUCCAUCUCAUUGUAAAGAGGGCUCUGCUAUUAUGGAUAACCCUCCAUUUGCAGUUGUUAUAGUUAGGAUUCCAGAAUGAAUCAGUGUAGCUACAUAAGAUCAUCUGAGGAAAGGUUAAAAAUACCCAGAAUUUGGGUGAAAUGGUGUCUGUCCUGUGUUAGUGACGUGUUUUGUCUGACCCCUGGAAAAUAUGCCAUUCAUUUUGCCUGGUCUUCAAAAAACUAAACAAAAGAUGGUGCAGAUUUUUGCAGUGUUCUUAGUGUUUCACUUUGUAUGUACAGUUCUGAAUGUAUUUAUUUCAUGACACACCUGUGUGCUGGUGGUUGGAUGGUGAGUUUAAAUGACUUAAAAGCUUAACACCUCUUCUGCAUGAAGGUCUCCGCAAUACCUCUUUCUUGCAGUGAAAGGAUUAGGCUUAAAAGUGGGAUGCACACAGGGUUAAAAAAUUCUUUCUCAUCACCGGGCCUGCACGUACACAGCAAGGUUCCCGUGAAUGUUUAAGAGUUUCAUGCAACAUGAUUUCAUUUUCAAAAGGAAAAAAAAGAAACAAACAAAAACCGGAGUAUCCUCAGAGACUUUCAAUAGCCAUAAAUCCACAACCAGGACAUUCUGUUGCUCUUCUGUUUCAUACUGGAGAUCUUCUGCAAUUCUUGUGUUAUUGUAUUUAAUGUUACAUUGUCAUUGACUUCAUUUGAUAUAAAUAUAUGUGUGUUUUUUUUCCUACAAGAUGUCACCCUCUUUCCCCCUCCAUAUGGCCCCCCUGUUCUGCACAUGCAGGAUGUUGUAAUUGUUUCCUCAGCAUUUGGCAAGCGGAAGGUCGGACUGGAGAAAGUGAGCAGUGAGGGAUACAGUUUUACAAUGGAUGGACAGAGCUAGAACUACUUCUCUCUAUUUCUUACACUAUGCCUAACUAAGUGGUCACAGCGUUGUUAUGACAUACUAGUAGGACAUUACCUGUAGUCUUAACCAACCACAUGAAAGCAUACAAUGCCCCCCAUAAUAUGCUCAUACUGGUAGCCAGGCUUUGUAUCUAAUUAUCUACAAAGAUUCUUUAAUCUUGCACAGGGUCAUUUCUUAGUCUGCAAAAAGUGAAGUUUAGGCUGUGCACAAAACUGGUUCCCUUAAAAAAAAUAAUAAUAAAUAAAUAAAGAUCCCUUGUAGACAAUGGUAACGGAGUUGGAGGCUCCUUUAUACUAUGAAGGGCUCCAGCAUAAAGCAUGACUGGUAUGUGUACGUGAUUCUUGGAAAGAAAAGGAGGGUUACACCUGUCUGGCUUCCAGGAAUCUUGCCAAGGAGGCACAUGUAACAUUUCCCACUGUUUACAGAUAAUGAAUUACUCCCCCAGAGUGGAGUGUGUUUAAUAAAGGCAUUUUAAAUAGUAUUAAUUAUCUAUAAAUAAAAUAGCAAAUGAGCUUAAGCCUGUAGUAUGAGGUUGCUUCACAACUGGCCAAGUACCAGAAUUUAUUGUAUUGUACUACUCUUAAUUGGUCUAGAUUAUUUAUAUUGGUUUGUGGUCGUGGGGAUACGGCAUACUUUUGAGUUGUACUUCUUCCUCUCUCCAUCUUUGAUUUAAUAUAUGGGUUAAGAUUAGGGGUUGGCAUAUCUCAGGAUUACAGCAAACUGGAAACUUGUCUGUUGGCCUCUUUGAUACUUCUAUCCCAGUCCCACCCUCUUGCUUUGUGGUGCUGUAGAGAUCUCCUCAUGGACUUUAUAUUCAGGUCAGGCUGCUCUUUUGAGCAGAUUAAGUGUCAUAUUAAAGAAGAAACAGACGAUUCUGGCGAUCUGAACAUUCGAGAAACUUUCAGUCUUAAUGUACAGUGAUGAAAAACUGUUAUUUUAUGAUCUUUUCAUUAAAAAGCUUGAUCGAAAAA